AUGUUACCCCCUCUUCUUGCUGAGGUCCUUCAUCAUCCACACCACACGCUCUAUUCUGUAAGCGCGUCUGCUCCGCCCCCCAAAGCACCCUCCGCAGCUAGUAGUCCCCCACCAACUGCGGCUACAUCCUCGCCUCCGACCGCUGAUGAAAUACAUACCGCCGUUCCCCAUCCGCAUGCAUACUACUGCAAGGAGCACAACGGCUGGGUGCUUCUUUCUUGGUGCUCUUCGUCUGUACUUCCUCCCAUCUCGCCCACCUUCAAGCCUACAUACGCCUUCCCUGAUCAGACGAGACGGAAACGCACUAGUUCAUGCAUUGGCGACGAAGAACACUCUGUCGGAAGAGCGAAUGUGACACAUCACUUCCACAAGUAUGAGAAGGCUGUAGACGCACGCAUGCUCACUACCCCCUUCAAGAGAAACGACGAUGAGCUUGAUUUACUUGAUCUCUAUCUCUGCUGCCAAUGCUCGGUCUACUGCCUGGUCUCGCCGGUAAUCCCUGGCGUCUUGCCUUUACGGGUACUAGAAGAUUUCGUCAGAGACAAGCUUGAGCAUCCGCCACUUGGGAAGACUGGAGAGAUUGCGGUGGUCACUGGUUUCGAGACUGUCAUCACUAUCCUCGAGAAUAGACUGUGGCGUGGCGAGAGCAGGUCGUUACCUGUCACACGACACAAGUUCCAGAGCAAACUCGGAUGGAAUGCCUCCGUCCGUCGAGUGUUUGAAGUCCUAGAUUUCAAGGCGGAGCCUAUUCAGAAUGAUGGCCAACGUCCAACAGAAGAUAACUCCGACUUCCAUGGCCAGCACAUCAAUGCGUCUGUCGAAGAUGCAACGCACAUGUACCAGACUGGCAUCGGAGCUCAUAUUAAUCAGCUUGCACCUGGUGUACUACCAGAGCCGCUAAUCGGAUUGCCAGAGCUGGAGCCAUGUUGGCAAACGCUCGGAAUGAGUCCGGUAUCUUACUCUCCCGAACUCCUCGCCUUUGCUUACUUUGCGCAAUGUCGUUGCGAUCCUAAGAAGACCCCCGACUACUUCACCGCAUUCGCUCAGAUCAUUGAAAUUAUGAAGAACCGUGGCGUGCCCCCACCAGACAGUCUGGACCUCAUGCUUGCAGAGGAGAAGUCUCGACAUCGCUUCACGUGGACCGACCUUGACAGGGCCGAGGUACUGCUGGGUUUCGGUAAGGCUGGGCCUCUGGGCGUUGAACUUGCGGAUGCCGACGAGGACUUCAUUAUCGGGGCAUGGAAGGAUGCCAUGAAGCGCGUUUGGGGAGAACCGGACGCUGCAUCUGCGAGGGCGGACCUCAUCGAAGCGUUCAAAGUUAUCGCGGACUUGUGCGGAAGUGUGAGGUUGCAAGAAGCCUGGGAAAUGGGUAAAGGCUCGGGUAUGGCGCCCGACACUGCGUAUUCGACUCUGGAUGUUCCAAGGGACGUCGACGAGACCAUGCUUCUUGCUAUCUAUGCUAUGCGGGUUGAAGACCAGCCGUCGCAAGCGGACCGAAUGCGGGAAGCUCUCACCGUCAUCAUGGAAGCCACGGAUAGUGAGCGGCUGCGCAAGUUCCUGGAAACUGGCAGAGAUCCCGGAGACGUGACCAGCGAAACUAGGCUGGACAUGCCCCGUGGACUCAACCAACUGGGGAACACGUGUUAUCUCAAUUCGCUGCUUCAGUACUUCUACACUAUCAAGGACUUGAGGGACGCCGUUGGACCGCUUAGCGAGAAGUCAUUAGACAUGGAUAAGUUCACUGACGACGACCUCAAACGCCACCGAGUUGGCGGUCGGUUGGUUACAAGAAGAGAGAUCGUCCGGUCCAAGAAGUUCGUUCAUCAAUUGGCGGACCUUUUCAGGAACUUGGAAUAUAGCGACCAAGCUGCGGUUACACCAACCUUGGAUCUUGCCAAGCUUGCUCUCGUGACAACACAAGACGAGGAGGAAGACGAUCAGGGAGGUGCUGGUACCGACACGUCGAACGAUACAGAUGCCACGUUGGUUGAUGAUGGUACCAUGCGACGUUCAUCACCCUCUCCCAUUCGCUCGCCGAAAACGCCUCCAUCGCCAUCGGUGCUCGGCAAGCGCAACCGUGGCCGGGUACCGGAUGUCGAUAUGGAGGGCAUCACGACUAGCGAAGGCGAGAAGGACUAUGUCAUGGUUUCGAAGGCGUCCACGCCCCCGAGGGAAUCCGAGCGGUCUACUCCAGAAAGGAAAGCUUCAUCGUCGAAGCACAAGACUACUGAGAAGGAGGAUGUGGUAAUGAAGGAUAGUCAGGAGCGGAAGCCGCCACCACUGCCACCGCGGAAGGCUGCCACUACGAGCGACACGGGCAUGAUGUUUGGCCGUCAACAUGACGUCUCCGAGUGUAUGGAUAACUGCAUGUUCCAGAUCGAGACUGCUUUGUUGAACUUCCAAGACCAAGGCUUGUCUGGUUCGCAAAGCGAUAAGACAAGUGUAAUCAAACGCUUGUUCUAUGGCAAGAAGCGGCAACUGCUCACACCCCUGACAGAUGCAGACGCGAAGAAACAAAAGUCUUCUACUACUCAUGAGAAGGAGGACUUGUUCUCGCAUCUGCAUUUGAACGUCUCGGACGAGAGCUUCGACCUAUACGACGGGCUGGGCAGGUACUUCGAUGACAUCGUUGAAUUGGACGGUGUCAAGAGACGUAUGGAGGUUACUCUUGUGGAUCUACCGCCACUGCUUCAGAUCCAACUCCAGCGGGUGCAAUUUGAUCGCGAGACGCAGCAAGCAUACAAGUCGCAGGCUUAUGUGAAGUUCGAUGAGACUCUCUGCAUGGACCGAUUCCUCGACAGCGCAGAUCCGGAGAAGAGAGCUAGAACCAAGGAUAUCCAGGUGAAGCUCAACGCUGCUCGAGACCGCAUUCAGCGCUUCACGCAGGGGAAGCAUGCUCCGUACGCCCCCGCACUUGGCGCAGCAGCGGACUUCCUAUCGAGGCAGGACACGCUUCAGCUUCCAGAAGCAACGACCGAGCUUGUCUCGCGUCUGAAAGAUGAGCAGUCACACGUCACAGCACAGCUUGAGCGUGAGCGCGGGAACGCCAGCAAGCUCAAGCAAGAGCUCGAAGAUCUUUGGAAGAACGAUAACGAAGCUCAGUACGAGCUGACUUCAGUCUUCAUCCAUCGUGGAUCGUCUCCUUCAUUCGGACAUUAUUUCUUCUAUUCAAGGAACCUUCCGGACCAUCCUGACCAGUGGUUUAAGUACAACGAUUCUAACGUGACCCUCGUCUCGAAAGAUGAGGUGUUCGGAGAUACCACUGGAUCUACAGCCAAUCCUUACAUGCUUGUUUUUGCUCGCAAAAAUUUGGAUGUCAUACAGACUGUGCACAGGUUUGAUACCUCGAGCAUAUGA